UUUCACUAUGUGAAGACGGGACAACAUACGAAAAUGGCUUUCGCAGCAGCGACUCUCUUCGUUCCGCCACCGGUAACAGUCCGAUCUCCGGCUAGAAUCCAUCGCCGUCCCUCAAUUCCGUCCCUGCUUCACGGAGUUCCGACGAACGGGGCAGCGGGACGCCGGCAAAUCAAGAGGUCAGUUGUAGCAAAUGCUUCGCCGGGAAACGGAGGCGUCAGGGCGGGGGAAGGAGACGGAGUAUCUCUGGGGACAAUGAAGCUUCCGGGGAACACAGAUAUCGCGAGAUUCGAAACUCUUCUUUUUCAGUGGGCGAAUAGUCUUUGCCAAGGAGCCAAUCUGCCUCUUCCUGUUCCUCUCAAGGUGGAUAGAAUAAGUGGAGGAGCAAGGUUAGGAUUCAUCGUGAUGGAGGAUGAAGGCAAGACCGAUGUUCCGGUUUACAUAGACUGUUUGGUCUACCAAACCACAGCGGAUGGUUUGGUGUUCCAAGCGACGCGUCAUGGCCGGAAGAAAGACAAGGCACCUCCGGGAGAAGAGAGAAUCAUGAGAAGCCUCUUAGGAGCCUUGAAAAGAGCUGUUGAGAUUGCUCGAGUCGCCUAAAAUCUGACUAUCUCACAAUGAAAUUGAGAUUUCUGUUUUCUUUAUGUCUUUCUAGCUUCUUUUUUUCGUUUUACUGCCUAUCAAAAACAUCACUCUGGUUGGUAUACAAAUAGUAUUUUACAGUUUGA